AGGCUUCCCUUUCUCCAUCCGGCUGCCAUAAAACGACUUGCCCACUUUAUAGCGUUUCGCAGCGGCCGCACGAGCCCUGGAGGAAAAAGGCGGGGCCGGGGAUGUAAAUGAGGUUUCCCCGAGAGCCGUUUAAAGAGAGAGAUUGCUGAGCGCGAGACAAAACAAGGAGCCGGCUCGGCGAAGCUCUUCGCCCACGAGGCGGAGGCGGAGCCGCUCUUUAUCAUAACAACAGCCUGGCUCCGCCUUUUUUUUCGGGGCUGCCAAUGGCGGAGCUCGCGGUGGGCGGGGCCGGCGCGAUGCGGGAUUUCUAUGGCUGCGGAGCAGGAAAGGCGGAGCUCUUGUCGGCAAAAGGGAACGAAGGGACUGGCUGAGCUUCGGCUCCCGGACAGCACGUGGCGGCCCCGGCUUUGCAAUAUGGGUGGAAAAAAAGGGUCUCCGGAUGCCAGUUCGCGCAGAAAUUCAUUGGGAUUCACUUUUCAAGUAAACGUGCCUGUUUAGAUACGGAGCAACCGUGUGAACGGCGUUGCUGAAGCCCGCUGGUUCUUGCCUGGAUGUAAAAAAAAAAAAAAAAGCAACUUGAUUCCAGGAUUCUCGACUGCUUAGAAAUGGAACUGCAAAAAUUGCACGAGGUCCGAAGUCGUCCUCGCUGCUUCCGCCGGGCUUUUAUUUUUAUUUUUUAUUUUUUUUUAAAUUAACCUGACAUUUGCAACGUCUUUAUUUUCCUCCUUUGAAUUGUCUUCGCAUUUUACCUUGUUUUUGAACUACAUUCUGCGCUCAUCCUCUCGCUCCGUUUGCAAUAAUUAGCCAACUGUGUUUUAUACAACUACGGUCGGGAAAGUGGAUAAAAGAGCAGUGUUUCUCAACCUCAGUAAAUUUAAGAAGUGUGGACUUCAACUCCCAGAAUUCCCCAACCAACAUGGAGAACGGCCAAUUACAAAUUGCCCACUUAAAUGUGGCCCAACAGACUGAAAAAAACCAGCUGGCUGCAGGAGGAAGGAGAUCCAGAGGCUUUCUCAGGCAGUAUUUUUCAGGUGUAGCAAUGAAAGUGCUUGUUCAGAGUUUCGGAGGUUGGCUGAUCCUCUUUUUCAGUUGUGUUUCCUUAUGUGUAACCCUCCCAACCACUAGACGGGAGAAGCUACUUCAGAAGGAGGACCUCCGCCGUACAGGUGGCAACCUUAUCCUAAGUCGGCAGGAAGAAACUUUCAACCGCAAGCUCAUGCAACUGAAAGAAACAGAAAUAAAUAAAGCUAUUGAAACUGGGGUAUUUCCACCAGCUAUGCAUUUCUUCAAGGCUAAAGAUAUCAUUGAAAAAAGUGCUGUGUUUGGCAUCUUGAAAAAAAUGCCCAAAGGUGGCCUUUUACAUGUUCACGACUAUGCUAUCCUGAGUGCUGAGUGGCUGGUAUACAUUGCGACUUACUUGCCUAACUGUUACAUCUGCUUCUGCCCGAGGGGGACUGUUCAAUUCAAGUUUUCAAAGUCUCCUCCUACAAAAGUGUCUCCUUGCUCCAAGUGGACUUUACUCAAGAACUACCGCAAGUACCUGAGGGAUAUGUGUGGAUUUGAUAAGAGUUUACUGAGGAAUCUAACACUAGUAACAGAUACUCCAGAGGAGACCUACCAAACUCAAGCUAUCAUCCGGCAGAAAUUUGAAAAUAUCAUUAACACCGCUUCUGGCCUUAUUAAUUAUGCACCUGUGUUUAAAUCCUAUUUGUAUCAAGCGCUGAUGGAGCUCUAUGAAGAUAAUGUGCAGUAUGUUGAAAUCAGAGUUAUCCUGCCACCGAUAUAUGAGCUGGAUGGAACUGUUCAUGAUAAAUUUUGGGCUGUGGCAGCUUUUGAAGAAGUGACUAAGAGAUUUGUAAAAAGUCAUCCUGAUUUUGUGGGUGUAAAACUUAUAUAUACGACCCUCCGAAAGCAAAAACUUGCCCAGAUCAAAGAAGCCAUUCUUACAGCCAUGGACCUCAGAGCUAAGUUCCCAAGUACUAUAGCAGGGUUUGAUCUGGUCGGUUGGGAAGAUGCUGGAAAGUCUCUCUCGGAGCUGAAAGAAGCUUUAAAUUUGCCAAAAACUAAAGGAAUUAAGUUGCCAUAUUUCUUUCAUGCUGGUGAGACAGACUGGGAAGGCACUUCGAUAGACCAAAAUUUGUUCGAUGCUGUGCUAAUGAACACCAACCGGAUUGGUCACGGAUUUGCCCUUGCCAAGCACUCGGAAGCUAGGAGGUGGGCAGUGAAGGAGAAUAUUGCUAUAGAAGUCUGUCCUAUUUCUAAUCAGGUCCUGAAGCUAGUAUCAGAUCUGAGAAACCAUCCUGCUGCUUUUCUGUUGUCAGAAGGUCAACAGAUAGUGGUUGCCUCUGAUGAUCCAUCCAUCUUUGGAUCAAAGGGAUUAUCCUACGAUUUCUACGAGAUGUUUAUGGGCAUAGGAGGGUUGAGUGCCAAUCUGAAAACUCUGAAGCAACUGAUGCUAAACUCUUUCAGAUACAGUGGUAUGAAUCAUAAUGAGAAGAAAAAGGCCAUGGCCAUUUGGCAAAAAAGGUGGGACCAGUUCAUAGCCAAUUCUACAGCUUUGUUCAAGGAGGUUGCUGGGUAAAAAGCCACAGUACAGCUUCUGUACAAAAUCUUGCUUCUCCCAGGUAAUUUGAUCAGAUCAUUGCUCAUUUAACAAUCUGGCAAAAAAAUAAUUGAAAUCAGAAUAUACUCCAUAAAGAUGGAAUUUAUUGUACUGAGAUUGAAUAGAAGACGUGUUCUUUUCCCCACGAACAACAGAAAGUUCUCUAAUUUUUAAUUAUAUUGGUAAAUGUUGUAUAAUUGUUGUGAGUAAACAGGAGGCCGGAGUAUUAAGUACAGGUCGUCCUCAACUUAUAACCAUUCCUUUAGUGACCAUUCAAAGUUACAACAGCCCUGAAAAUUGUGGCUUAACAACCAGUCCUCAUACAACCAACAGAAUAUCUCCACAGUCACAUGAUCAUAACUUGGUUGCUUGGCAUCCAGUAUGUAUUUACAGUGGUUGCAGCUGGUCCUGGGGCUCAUGUGAUCACUAUUUGGGACUUUCCCAGGUGGCUACUGGCAAACAAAGUCAAUGGGAAAAAGCAGGAUCCGCUUAAAGACUGCAUGAGUCACUUAACAACAUGGCAAUAAGGUUGUAUAAUUGGGCAUGACUCGCUUCAAAACCACCAUGCUUAACAACAGGCAUUCUGGUCUCAAUUGUGUCUGUAAGUCAAGGACUACAAUACCUGUACAGUACUUUUACAAUCUUGAAUUGACCAAUUAUUUACCUUUUUAAAAUUAUGAAGGAUAAAAAUCUAAUAAUAAUAUUGAUUUUUAUUAUAUGAGCUCUAUAUUACUCAGAGUGGUUCAUGGUGGGAACCACCCAUAAUCCCAGUAAAAUGAAUAAAAGAAUGAAGGAAUGAUCAAUCGCCUAUAGAUAUUUAACACAGAUUAAUACACUUGGCUCUAAUUGUAACAAUUGCACCUUACUACUUUUGUUUAUCAAACAUGUAUCAUAUGAACUAUCAGAAGAGAAAUGAUUACCUGCAUUUUGAGGCUAGAAAAAAAUGCAGAAAUACAAUUAAAUGCUUACACGUAUGCUUCAUUUUAAAAAAGCCAAUGUUUAAAAAAUAUGCAGCCUAGUUUGACAGCAUAGAAAAGGUAAGAACCUUGUUGACUUUCAGACGAUCAGUGAUGUUUGCAGUUUAAUUUAGAUAUAUCUGAAUGAUCACACAUUUCUCCCAACAAUUAUACAGGUGUAAUAUUUAUUGAAUGUAUCUAUUUGACUUUAUACGUAACCCAGCUGGUUUUCAAAAGUUUAAUGGAGUGCAGUAUAGUAAUAUUAGACAUACUAUUGUCUAACAGUAUUUCUAUCAGGACACAAUACCAUCAAGAUAAAGAAAAACCUUGGUAUAUUGACCAAGUCAAUGAAUGAGAAUAGUAGCUAUUAGAAACUUAGAGUUGAAUAUGAACUAUAUUUGUUUUUUUUUUCCUUUAGCAGCAAUACAAUUUUUUUAAAAAUAUUUUCUUUAUUGAUUGCCAAAUUCAGGAUUUAUAUAUGUUUGAUGACUAUGAGAAGACUUGAUCUAUAAUUAAUAUCCUCUUCAAUUCAUCAUUUGAAUUCUGUUUAACUAAUCAGAUUUGAUUUCACUAUAAGUACAUAAAUAAAGCACACUUUUUUUCUGGAGGAAAAAUAUUGGUAAAAUAGUAAUAGCAGAAUGUUAGAGGCAUUAUUUUUUGUAUGUAUCAGAGAUCAAUGCUAUUCAUGUGGUGUCUGUUUAUACUUUAUAUUAUAUAUAUAUAUUAAAUCUUCCUUUGUUAAAAUGCUGAUAAUCAAUUGUGAAUACAUUAAUCAUGUAAUGGAGCAUGUAUGAAUCUUACUCUAAUAAAUACUUCUACCAUA